GAUUUACCAGUUUUUUACGGGAGAGCUGGAUUUCCACAUCUUGAUCCUACGUCAUCAUGUGACGUCCCCCCCCCAGAUGGGGGAGAUGUUGAACAAUUUCUUUUCAUCGAUAUUCACUAAGGAGAAGGAUAUUGAAUUGUGUAAGGAAACAUGCCUCUAUGAAUAUAAAAUCUGUGGAACUAUUUCAGAUUGUGCUCCGGAGUUGUUUGUGGACGUGUACAUGGACCUGGACUAUAGGAAGCAAUGGGAUAGUUAUGUUAAAGAGCUGAAGGAACUGGACCAUAGCGGGCAGAAGGUGAUUUACUGGGAAGUUAAAUACCCCUUCCUCAUGUCUAACCGAGAUUAUGUGUAUGGGCGUGAGCUUCAUGACCUAAAUAUCAACGGACGGAAAAUUUGGGUGAUCAUUGCAAAAUCAAAAUAUGUGCCGGAGUUACCAGCCAAAGCGGGCAUCAUCCGAGUGGAGGACUAUCAUCAGACUGUGGCUCUGGAGAGUGAUGGUAAACAAGGCAUGAAAGUGUUUCUACAUUACUUUGAUAAUCCGGGAGGCUUGAUCCCAACCUUCCUCGUUAACUGGGCUGCAAAGACUGGAGUGCCUUCCUUUCUGAAAGAUAUGCAGAAAGCCUGUGCUAACUACCCUGAAUACUGCAAGAAAUCUGGAAAAAAGUCAGCAUUGUAUUGAUUGAGUCUAUAUCCAAGGAGAUGACAAUGGGCUCUUCUCACUUUAUUGUGUUUUGAAGUGGAGGGGUAUUGUUCUCAUUUGUAUAUCACAUUACAUCACAUUGCAUUACUGCCCAAUCAGUUCCUUUUCAUCACUAUCAAUAAGAUAUAUGGAUCAUGGGUUAAAGGUGAAAGGUGAAAUGUUUAAGGGGAACUUCUUCACUCAGAGGAUAGUGAAAGCAUGGAACGAGCUUCCAGUGGAAGUGGUGGAUGCAGGUUGGAUUUCAACAUAUAAUAGAAAUUUGGAUAAGUACAUGGAUGGGAGGGGUCUGGAGGGCUGUGUUCUGGGUGUGUGUCGAUCGGACUGGGCAGAAGAACAGUUAAGCACAGAAUGAAUGGGCUGAAGGGCUGUCUCUAUGCUGUGGUGCUCUCUGCCUUGAUUUUGGAAACCCACCACAUCCAAUUUCAAAGGGAGACAGCACUUGUAGAUUUGGGAACAUAACUGUUAGGUGUGGGCUGGUACCAAGGAGGGAAAAUGUGAUCUGGUAACCUGCUCCCACUUGGACAUCUUAGUUUCCUAGUUUCAUCAGAAAACUUUGCCAUUAUUCAGAGCUAGACAGUGCAUUGUAGGAUGAUUGUGAAAAAGAACAGAAUCCAUGACGAAAUCCAUCUUUAGACACAAGCCUGCAUAUUUUCGGCCAUUUUCUUUCUUUCAGUCGCUGCUCACCGCUGCCCACUUUCCUCAACGCUGUUUCACACAGGGUUUGAAUUGGGCACUUGUGUAUUUGAAGACCAUGAGGAUUGGAGAGGUGAAAUAUGCUACUCUGGUGGGAAAAUUUAAACCUGUUCUUGUGUGGUUGAGGGCUAAUGCAUAGCCCGUGGGAAAUAAAUACCCUCUCUGGAAGCUUGGAACUUCCCACUGGAAACAGCUCGAGAACAGCAUGGGCUUCUGUCCAAUGUGAUGCUGUAAACACCGGGAAUUGCCAAGAAUGUUCAGUUUUCCAUGUCACACUAAUGUGCAACCCAUCAUGUGUUCCUGGAGGUAAAAGUUCUUUCUUUAGCUUUCGUUAAUGCACUCCUUUCGAGAGGAAGAGUCAGCUUCAAUUCCUGCCAGUAGAAAGCACUGGGGUUCCCUCACUGAGUGCUGCCUUUCACAGGUGCCAAGCCAUUUCUGUAAAAUCCAUGUAAAAUCUGUGACAGAUUUUCAGCUGUUCACCUGAAUGGUCUAAUGAAUUAAAUAUCCACUUCUCCA